UUAAAUCUUUUAGUACUUAAUUUUUUAUUUAUUUAUCUACUUUUGAACUCGAUUUUAAUUGAAAUUACUUAUUUUUAUCAAUUUAACUUUUGGACAUUUCGAGAAAGUGUCGCAACAAUUUCGGAGAAGUUGGUGAAAGGGCGAACAAAGAAACCAUAGGAGGUGAAGGUGAAUUUUAAUGGCGAAGUCGUGUAAGGGUCUGGCAGAGGAGCUUGUCAAAUGUCUUAGUGAGUCUGAUUGUGUUAAGGUGCAGAAGAGGUCAUUCAGGGAAUGUGCUGGAGAGGCAAGCCCUUGUAUACCUAGUGAGUGUGUGGGUCUAAGAGAAACAUACUUUAAUUGUAAGAGAGGCCAGGUUGAUAUGCGUGCCCGUAUUCGAGGAAACAAGGGAUAUUAGUUAGUGAAGCAUUAAAAACAGUUUCCAUGGAGCUAAUUCACAUAAGCCAAGUUGAAUCGGUGCAGAUUUUUGGUUUAUGAAAUAAAAUUGGUAGUAAAACCACCGUAUUUCUUGUUGCCUCGCGCUACUUUAUGCUUUGUUGAUUUGAAAUCGUGGCCCCCAAAAGUUUCUGACCAGAACAAGGAAAAAAAAAGCUAUAGUGAGAUUCUAUUGGUGGCAUGGCCAAUCUUGUACCAAUUACUGCUAUGUUUUACUGCCAUAUAUACGAGGUUCUCGUUUCUUUCAUUUUCUUGCACUGGCGUAUGGCUUUUCGUCAUCUUUGAUUAUGGAGGUCAAGGAAUCAAGGGCUGGGUGAAUGUUUAAUAUACUAUCAUGUAGUCAUGACCUGGCUGGUAAUUCGCAUCAUCAUUUUAGCUUUUAAGUGCUAUCAUCUGGAGCACUUGGAAAGAAUGGCUCUAUUCUUUACAAUGUAUAUGAUGAGAAAUGAAUGUAGAUAAGUUUAUAUAAUCAGAUCUUGGGUUUGAUUCUCAAA